CGCCCCGGAAAUACGUAUGCUAGCUUUCUGUGCGCUAGGUGCCCGAGCUACUGAGGGUCUAAGUCUGGGCAGCCGAAGAGUGUGGUAGGUAACGGUCGUCAGCGCAAGGGUCAUUUCGUCGCUGGGAAGGGACGGCCCUCGCCCGCGGUGAUGGUGGUUAGCAAGAUGAACAAAGAUGCGCAGAUGAGAGCAGCGAUUAACCAAAAGUUGAUAGAAACUGGAGAAAGAGAACGCCUCAAAGAGUUGCUGAGAGCUAAAUUAAUUGAAUGUGGCUGGAAGGAUCAAUUGAAGGCACACUGUAAAGAGGUAAUUAAAGAAAAAGGACUAGAACAUGUUACUGUUGAUGACUUGGUGGCUGAAAUCACACCAAAAGGCAGAGCCCUGGUACCUGACAGUGUAAAGAAGGAGCUCCUACAAAGAAUAAGAACAUUCCUUGCUCAGCAUGCCAGCCUUUAAGAUUGAAUUAGAUUGUGUUGUUUUGUGAUUUUUUUUCUGAAAGUAAAACUUGCCAUAAAUUAGGAUUCAGUUUCCCAAAACAAAAUCCUUUUUUGUAUGAUGGUAUACAGUUUUCAGUAAUGAUGUAUACAUUGUAUUGAUUUUUUUCCCUAAAUGUGUUAUUUUAAUAAAUAUCUCAUGAAUGAGUUUGAAGUUUC